AUGCAUACUUGUAACUCGAAAAGUUUGGAAGAAGAAGGAAGAAACGAGGAUGACCCUAAGAAUAGUGUGCAAGUGCAACAGGAGCAGCAAAAGCAAAAAGAAGAGAAGAAGAAAAAGGAAAAGGAACACCAACGUCAAUAUGACGAGGAAGAUGAGAACCCUUACGUUUUUAAUGUAGAGGAUUUCACUCCAAUGUUCAAGAAUGAACAUGGAGCCAUUUAUUCUCUUCAAAAGUUCUCUGAGAGAUCAAAGCUUCUAAGUGGAAUCGAGAAUUUUCGUGUUGCCGCUGCUAAAGCUAAUCCUCUAACAUUUUUAACUCCGACCCACUUCGAUGCCGAAGUAGUUCUCGUUGUGACUAGAGGUCGAGGAGCUAUAACUCUUAUUGGGGAAAAGAGAGAGAGCUUUAACAUUGAAAGAGGAGAUGUCAUUAGAGUUCAAGCAGGCACUACUGUCUAUUGGAUUAAUACGGACGAAAAUGAUGAACUUCGUACUGUCUGUCUCCUCAAAACUGUAAAUUUUCCGAGCGAGUACACCUGUAAAUAUAAUAGUUUCAUGAUGCAGCCUUUCUAUGCCGCCUCAGCCGGUGAAGCUUCAUUUUAUAGCGCAUUGAGCCCGGAGUUGCUAGAGGCUGCUCUUAAGACUGACAAGGAGAUGUUGGAGCAUAUCAUGUCUACUGAUCACACAGAAGUCAUUGUGAAAGCCUCCAAGGAACAGAUCCAAGCGCUAAGCCAAGAAGAGGAAGGUCGCGGCAAUUCAACCGCCCCCUUCAAUCUUUUGGACAUGCAACCUCUUGUUCAUAACAACUACGGUCAGAUUUUUUAUGUGAGCCCUACUGAGUACAGAGCGCUUGAAGACCUUGACAUUGGUGUCGGCUUUGUCAACAUCACCAAAGGAUCUAUGCUCGGACCCUUAUACAACUCAGAGUCGACGGCAAUAAUCAUGGUUUUGGAUGGUGAGGGCUACUUCGAAAUGGUUGGUCCUCGGACUAAAAGCAGCGUACAGACAGGUCCAACUAAUAAAAAACUAAGCUCAUCGUUGAGACAUGGGUCGGUGAUCGUCUCCCCUGCUGGCUAUCCGAUCGCUAUGGUAGCUUCAAGAAAGAAUGAUCUAAUAGCAGUCUGCUUUGGAACCAAUGCCAAAGGCAACAUUAAGUAUCCUCUUGCAGGGAAAAAUAAUAUUGUGAAUAAGAUGAAGAGCGAGGCAAUAGAAUUAACCUUUGGUGUGCCAGCGAAAGAAGUAGAGGAGAUUUUUGAAAAAGAAACAGAUUAUCUCUUAUUUCCAGGGCCAAGCCAGCAAGAGAAGCAAGGUCGUGCAGAUGCAUGA